AUGAAUUUGGAAACAAUAUCUACUCUAAUAAAAAAUCAUUUAAAAUUACAAUAUAUAUGUGAUUUUGGAAAAGAUAAGAAAAUUUUUCGAUUUAUGAUUUCAAUAGCUAUUUUCAUAAUAUUUAUUCUAACUUUAUCACGCUCUCCAAUAUAUAAUGAAAUAUUUUUUAUUAAAGCUGCAGCAAAUGCAUCCAAUAAAUUUUAUCCUUGUAUUGCUGUACUUGUUGAAUUUCGCGCAGUUGAUCAUAUAGUUGCCGUUGUUCAUAAUGUUAAUCAUCAUAUUCCAUCAUCAUGGCCUAUUCAAAUUUUUCAUGGAAAAGAAAAUCAAAAUUUUAUUAAAAAUUCAACUCUAGCACCAUUAAUUGCAUCAGGAAAAAUAUUUCUUACGCUAAUGGAAGAAGUUUAUGAUCGUAGUCGAACGAAUCAACUACUAACCGAUCCAAAAUUUUGGCAACGCGUCUGCGGUGAAAAAAUUCUCCUAUUCCAAAUCGACUCAGCUAUGUGUUCGAAUUCGCCACAUAAAAUUACUGAUUUUCUUCAAUAUGAUUAUGUUGGUGCUCCAUGGGAUCUUUCAUUUAUUACACUCGAUCGACGAUACCGUGUCGGAAAUGGUGGCUUUUCAUUACGUAGUCGUAGUAAACUAUUAGCUUUACUUGCAUUGAUUCCGUACGAUACUCAAAUACCAGAAGAUGUUUGGUAUGCACAGAAUUUAUAUCGAGUCAACGGAUCCAUACCUUCGGUUGAAAUAGCGAAAACAUUUUCUGUUGAAUCAAUGUAUUAUGAAAGGCCAUUAGGUGUGCACCGAUUUCCUUGGCAUUGCAAAUUUCGUGCUGAUUUAGCAAGAACAUGUCCUGAAUCAAUGUUAGUCAUGCCAGAUGUGUGUCGUUUGAAAUAG